AUGUGCUUUUUUGGUAAAAGUAAAUUAAUUGCUGCACUUUCUUGUUUACACCGCGCUAAUUAUUUGUGUCCGUUGGAUUGGAAAGUUUUAAUAAAUAUGGCUCUUGUUUAUUGCGCGUUAAGGCAAUUUGCGUCAGCUUAUCAUUUUGCAGCUGCUGCCUAUGCGGUUAAUUCAAAUAAUGCAAGUAUUCUAUGCGUUAUGUCUCGUAUGUUUUUGAAUAAAAAUAAGUGA